AUGGGGCGAUCUUGGCUUGCAGAUUGCCAGGAGCCGGGCUUCACUGGGCUCCUUCGGCGGGAGGUUGCGCUUAUUUGGAGCCUUGCCGAUUCCAAGUCACAGCCGUCCAUGUCUGUGUGCGCUUGCAGCAUCUGCAGUCGCCAGCUCAUAUCAGCCAGAGCCAUGUGGUUGUUCCAUGCCACGUGCGCACGCAUUUCGGAGCCCGCAGAAUUACCGAGCUGGGGUCACGUUGGCUCGAUAAACACUAGCUCAAUUGUGAGUCCAAUGAGUGCCCUUGCAGAUGGGGCAAUCUUGGCUUGCAGGUUGUCAGAAGGCGAGGCUUCGCUGGGCUUGAAGCAGCCUUGCAGUUUGCUGGCUUCUUUGGCCUUGCAGAGCGGCUGCGCUUAUUUGGAGCCAUGCCGACUCCAAGUCUUGCAGUUGCAAGCUCAUAUAAGCCAGAGCCAUGUGAGCAGCGAUCAAGCUUGCCACGGGGAAACUUAG